AUGUCUGCGGGGAUCUGCGGGAAGCGGCUAGGGAUCGAAGAGAUCUUCGGGUCCUCGUCGGCGGCUUCGUCGGCGAAGAGAUCCCGCUGCUCCCGCAUCGGGUCCCCUGUCCGAUCCUUCGACCGCGGCUUCGGGCCCGACGAAAAGGUCUCCACCCUGUUGCGUAUGUUCCCUUCAAUGGAUCAGGAGGUAAUUCAUGCCUGUUUUUCAUGAAUUUUCUAAUUCGUUUGAUUUCCGCGUUGCUUGUUUCUGUAUAUCCUUUGACUGUUAUUUUUUUUCGUUUAUUGUGUAACCUUACCUGUCGGCAAUUGUGUGAUUCUGCCUUCGAAUUACUUAUAACUGUCGGGCAUUAUUCUUUUUUUUUAAUUUUUAAUUCGGUAGUGGAGGGUGGUUGGUCUCGUAUAUAAAGUCGGAUCCUCAUAUCUCAAGAAUUCUGUGUUCAUUAUCAAACUCUGAUCUAUGUACAGAUUGGGGAAAUUGAUGGUAUUCAGUUGGAUACCUCACAGAGGGCACCAAGUCUUCGUAUCUCUUUGAAUUAAUUUCUCUUUGAAUAACCACAGUGACCAUUGUGAAAACUCAUCUAUUUUUGCAGCUUCGUACUCUGACAACCUCUAGCGACCUUUGCUGUCAGUUUGUUUGUGGAGGCCAACUGAUGUGGCGGUCCUUUACUUUCCUUCCUUUUACACUGAACUGUAUAAUAAGUUAACCCUGUUUGCCGUCACAAAAGAAACCAAGUGUUUCCUGUGAUAUGCCUCAUAUAUCAUGCGAGAGAUUUUUAUUCUUGGAGACUGUUUAUAAGGAUAGGCUGUUGGAUAAAUAGUCAGGCAGGAAAAAUCUCCAUCUAUUUGAAUCGUGCUGGCUGCCAGGAUUUUGUUUGAAGUUACUUUGGAAGGAUUGGUUAACAUGGGGAUUGUUUCUCCUCUUUCUCGGGAGAACUUGUGUGGUCUUGACAUUUACUUUUCUCAUCCUGAUUCUUGGUUACUCAUUCCUUAAAAUAUUAAGUUCUCCUGUAAGUUAUCCAAAUGUAGCCUAUCUCUUACGGAAGGGAAGACCCAUGGUUGUCCUGAGGUUCUACCUAUAGUAUUACUUCUCAGAUCUUUUUCUGUCCACAUUCCACUGGCAUUGAUGGUGUCAAAAGAGAGAAGUUUCUUUACCCAUGGUUUGUACUUGUUUUUUAUUUUAGCCUUCAAAGUUUCGAUCUCUUAAAUCCUAAUCACCUUUGAAAUGUUUUUUUAGCCUCUAUUGACAACAUCUAACCUCUUAUCCGGUUCUAUACCUUUGAAAUGUUUAGUGCUUCUCACGGCUUCUCAAUAUUUUGCAUUUCCACGCACCACUUAGAUCAUGCUUAAUCAUAUCACAGGUUGUGGAAACUGUUCUGAAUUCUCACGAUCACAAAAUAGACGAUGCUAUCAAGAGUCUCCAUUCGCUUUGCCUUGGUGAUGCUUCUGUCCUAAAGGAGGCGCAGAGGCAGAUUGCAGCUUCAGUUCAAAAGGAUCAUUUAGUUGAAGGUUGGAAAAUUCGGUUUGGGUACCUUCUUUGAUGUUCUUAAAUUGGAGAUUCAUUCAUCCAUUUCAUGGGCAUGAUAUAUUCCUUUAUUUCAACCCUUCUUCGCUCAUUUUUGUCCAGAUCUUGUAAAUAUUGAAACAUUUGAACCGAGGAUCGAAGAUGUACAGAAUAAGAACUCUUCAGAUUUGGAACCGGGAUUACCUCAGGACGGAUUCUCCUGGGUGGAUUUCUUCGUGCAAGAGAUGAUGAAAGCGUCGAAUUGGGAUGAUGUUCGGGUUCGCGUAACAAAGAUCUUGGAAUCAUUUGAAAAGCAGAUCAUUAACCACUCGAGGGUGCCUGAUCAGGUAAACAACCUGAGGAUUUAAUGUGGGUUGAGUGGAAAACCAGCUUAUUCAGCAUGGUCGUUGUUGCCUUUUCUGUGUGGUGUAGCUGGUGACGACUUCGCUGAGGGAACAGCUGCAAUGCUUGCUGAGGGACAAUCAAAUCUUGAAGAGGGCAGUUGCAAUCCAGCGCGAACGGAAUCUUGAGCUUGAGGAGAAAUCCAAGGAAAUACAGCAUUUGAAGCACGUGAUAAGACAGUACCAGGAGCAAGUUCGGGCUCUAGAGGUAAAAGACUCCACUUUUUUUCCAGUAGAUAACUCUUGUCCAUGCUGAAUUUAGUUUCACGUGUUCUCUCUCUCUCUCUCUCUCUCUCUCUCUGGUUUUCUGCAUUCUUCGAAUUUCUGGUAAGACCCUGUUUGGGAAUCAGAUUUUCUUUUGUGCGAUUUACAUGAUUCCUCCCGUGGCCACCCUCUCCAGGCACUUUGUGGGGAACUUCGGUGUCAUUUUACAGGACAGCAUUUAUUGUUCCCGGAGGAAGUGAAUAUCUGACCUAAUUGGUAGUAGAUUUAGGUCAAUUUGGAUUUCCAGAGCUCACAAUCAGUGGGUUGCUUGCUUCUAGGAGUGCCAAUUGCCAGCGUGGAUGCAGAGGCCAGAGCUCAUGCAGCAGGCCAUCAUUCUCCCUCCUCCCCUUUCCCUCCCCCCCCUCACCCCCCCACCUGUUUGUCUGUUUCCCAGGAGCUUCUUUUCCCCUAGGCACCCAUUUAUUUUUCUUUGGUGCCCAUUCAUGCUUUGCAGAUAAACAUAGAGAACUUACCUCUGUUCUUCAUGCAGCCGAGUGACGGGCCCUUCUCUCUGUCAUCUUGCAGAUGAGCAAUUACACCUUGAAGAUCCAUCUUCAGAGGGCGCAGGAUGCCAGUUCAAUCCCCAAUAAUUUCAACCCAGAUAUAUUUUAG